AUGUCUAUCUAUUAUUCUUCUCACGAUUUGAGAACAUCAAGUCAGAAGUAUACAGCACCUGAAGAUCUCCUGCUGUGGCAUAUUGCAAUCAUCCGCAAAGCGACCCUUCGCAUAGACUGGAUGCAGAUCUUCCAACCUGAGUGCCAACAGCGUAGAGCUGUGGGCAGUCUCCGUUCAUACAUUAAGGACUUGGAUCCCGCUAUUCGCACCAAUGAUCCUUUCGGGGUGAGCUUUAUAGAAAGGCGCAGUGCCGACAAGCACCAAGCUGAGAGUCAACAAUGUGGAGCUGCUGCGGACGAGAUUCGUUCGGGGCUUAAAUAUUUAGAACCUCCUAUCCGCGCCGAUGAUUCCUUUGAGAGGGUCAAGCCCCGAAUCGAAAAAUCUGAAGAAUACUUGGCAGUUGGUACUGAUGUACUUCGACGCUCGGCAUUUGACAAGGUCAUCCGACGCUUGAAAGAGAAAGACGAAGAUGCCGAGAAAGACAGGAACAAGCGUCGUGAAAGGAUCUCAGUGGAUCGGGGCUUGCACCAUGCGUUGUCGUCCAAGCUAGGCUCGCCCUUCCAUGGCAAUAUGCAGACUCCUCAAACCUCUCCCCCUCACAUCGACUACUAUUUCAAUCAUCUACCGGGUGGUAAUAACUUGAUAGAAGUGCCUGCUACCUACGGACAAAGCGCUCUCAACGUGAGUCCUCCUCCGGUGUCUCAUGGCUAUCCGACCACCUUCACCAUUACCAGUACCAUUAUUGCAGAUCAAAACCUCGGAGGCCUCGUCUCGCCUUACGGCACACGUCAAACUGCAUCGCCAGGAGGGCAGCGACCACGUACCGCGGGAGCACCUACUCAACCAGGAGCACAUCAUAACAAUUAUCUCGCGCCCCUCUCUGAGCUGCAAUGCUGGUAUGAUAUCUUUGAACUCCUUCCGGGGCAAAGGCAAAAUGUACAGGAAAUUUUGAAGCGCCGGUACAUCCAGAUACGCAAUGCAGCCUCCGAGGCAGCUGGCGAAACUACAGGCGAUCUGUUUGCACUAAUCUCCGAUUGGUACGAGCGGUACGCGCGGGCACGUACUUGA